CGGAGUGACCGCGAGCCUCCAUGCUCUGGCUGGCCGGCGUCCCUCGGCCGUGAGCGCCACCCGUCGGGCGUGACCCGGGCGCUGCCCCGAAGCCUGCCUGGCACCUGAGUGUGGCUCGCUGACUCGCAGCCUCCCCGUCGUGUCCAGAGCGUGUGCGCUCUUUGUGCCCCCGCGCUGGUUGCUCGUCGCCGGCCAGCUGAGCCUGAGGCUGGGACAGCCAACCAUAAAAACACCAUGAAAGAAACUGAUAUCAAGACACUACUAUAUGCUCAUUUUCUAUGCAUCUUUUCAGUGAUUCUAAGUGUCCUUCUGCCAUCGUUCUUCCUGGAGAAUUUCUCAAUAUUGGACACGCACUUGACAUGGUUGUGCAUCUGUUCUCUUUUUGUAAUUUCAAUCAAUCUUGUGUUAUAUUUAGUACCAAAGCCAAAUACAUCUUCUAAAAGAAGUUCAUUAUCACAUAAGGUAACCAGAUUUUUGAAAUGCUGUAUCUACUUCCUUGUGUCUUGUUUCUCCCUUCAUGUGGUUUUUGUUCUGUAUGGAGCACCACUAGUUGAGUUGGUGUUGGAAACAUUUUUAUUUGCAGUUAUUUUGUCUACUUUUACUACUGUACCUUGUUUAUGUCUGUUAGGACCAAACCUCAAAGCAUGGCUGAGAGUUUUCAGUAAAAAUGGAGUUACAUCCAUAUGGGAGAACAGUCUCCAAAUCACCACAAUUUCUAGUUUUGUAGGAGCAUGGCUUGGCGCGUUUCCUAUUCCGUUAGAUUGGGAAAGACCAUGGCAGGUAUGGCCCAUCUCCUGUACGCUUGGAGCAACCUUUGGCUAUGUGGCUGGCCUUGUUAUUUCACCACUCUGGAUAUACUGGAAUAGAAAGCAACUUACAUACAAGAACAAUUAACUGGAGCAAAGGGAGAAGAUAAUUCUUUGUGCAGAUUCCGUAAGGGCUGUGCAGUAAUGUAUAUGGUCGAAGCCAAGCAGUUCCAUUUACAGCACUGUUGUUGUUUAAUGUAGUUUCACCAUGUGAUUGUAGCUUUUUAAACUAUGAAAACCCUGAGAGAUUGUACCUUCUAGUUGAAAUAAAGUAUUUAUAACAGA